AUGGAUCGACGGGAAGACCAGAUCCAAUCCCACACGCUAAUACUAAUACUGAACUGCUGGAAGAUCCACUUGACAGCACAGCUCCGGACCAAGGACUGGGAACCCCUUUUAACAGAUCCCCUUGCUGCGAAGUACCCCAACUCGGAGAAACAGGGACUACCAAAACAACGGGGUCUUUCUACCCUAUUUCUCGACCAAAGAACAACUCCUUUGCCAAACUGUCUUAGCAGCUGUUCGAUGGAAGGACUGGAAUCUUCAUUCCUUGGUCAGCUUGUAUCCGCCCUUUCUCUUGAAAGCCUCGCUCUUGGCUAA